AUGAACGCAUACAUUCAGUCAGCCGGUGCCGGCAGCAGCACCAGCGCCAGCGCCAACACACAUACACCCAAUGACAACGCCCCCGCCCCCACCACGCUCUCUCUCCUGAGCUCCCUCCCUGGAAGGCUGCUCAAGAGAGUGAUGGGCACAGGGGGCGGUGACAGUGCGCUGGGGAAAUCACACGGAGGAAAGGGGUUUCAGGACGCAUGGACGCCGUACCCUGUGCGCUUCCUGCUGUCUGCGAGUCUGGUGAGUCUGAUGCGCGGGUGCAUGGGAGUGGCAACCCAGGAGCACGUGGGCUCUAACAUCAUGGUCGCCCUGCCAAUGAAAACGCGCCACGUGGCACCACCCACAGCAGCAGCAGAGGACGGGGAGGCCAAGGAAGGGGAGGAGGAAGGAGAGGAGGGAGAGGAGGAAGGAGAGGAGGGAGAGAAGGGAAACUGGGAGGGGGUGGAGGAGGAGGGGAUGGAGGAAGCUAUGGCUUGGGUGGAGAUGAAGUGGAGCACGCGGGAGGUGGUGGAGGGGAAGAGAGCGCUGGUGGUGGAUGGGGAUGGUGUCAGGGCCGAGGCCACAGUCACAGCUCUCCGGUACCUGGGUGUGCAUGCUGCUGUUGCAGGCACGCAGGAGGAAGCCACGAGGAGGAUUCUGGGAAGGCAGCCGGAAGCUGCGUGGCGGUUUGCGGAGAAGAGGAUGGGGGAGGCGAGGAGGAGGGCGAAGAGAGGAAAGGGGAAGGGGGAGGGAGCGGGGGAAGGAGGGGGGGAGAAAGUGGGGGAGGGAAGGGGAGAAGCAGAGGCGAAGGGUGAGGAAGUGGGGGUGAGCAGGAAGAGCGAGGAGGAAGAGAAGGAGGAACAGGAAGAGCAGGCAGAACGGGCUGAACAGGCGGAGCAGAAGGAGCAGAAGCAGCAGGAGGAGCAGAAGGAGCAGAAGGAACAGGAGGAGCAGGAGGAGCAGGUAGAAGAGGAAGAGGAGGAGAUAGAGGGACCAUGGGACGUUGUAUUUGUUGAAGCAGAUGCGUUCAGCAGCGGUGGAAACCCCAAGCCAAGGAUCAGCAGCACGGAUGCUGGCGCUCCUUGCAAGCCUGCGAACGGCUCAGAUGCUGCGGCGAGCAAGUCCGGGAUCAAUUUCGGCCGUCGGAUCAAGUUUGACCACCGCAGCCUCGUGCUCUUUCACUCCGCCAGCGCCGCUGCUCGUGCUCCCAACUCCCCACCCUCGCCUGCCUUACUCCCUCACACCGCCGCGGGCAUAUCUCUUGCACCAGACAGGCCGGGCUGUGCCAGUGUGAGCUACGCCAGAGCACUCGCAGCUGGCUUUGCCGACACUCUCCCCCAACCAUGUCUCGUGGCCGACCUCGCUCAGUGCCUGCAUGCGCUCUUUGCACCCAUCGACCAAUCAGACGACCUCUCUGACACCUCCACCAAUCACGUCGCGCCAGCCGACCCCUCCUCCGCCUCCUCCCUCGCCCCCUCAACUCCCCCGCGUCCCAAAUCCCCACAAUUCCGCCCCAAGUCCCCGCAAUUCCGCUCCAAAGCCGCGCUCGGCCUCGCCAAGCCCGAGGACGCCGCCGCUUUGCUAAAAGAGAUGCUUAGCGGGCGGGAGGUGAUGGUGGUGGAUGACAACGCGGUGAACCGCAUGGUUGCAAGAAAGACUCUGCAGGGGCUGGGGGCGAAGGUGGAGCUUGUGGAGAGUGGAGAGAAGGCUUUGGAAAGACUAAGCUCCCCGAAUGCGUUUUCUAUUCUUCUGAUCGACCUGCACAUGCCCCCGGGCAUUGAUGGCUACGAGACUGCUCGACGCAUUCGCACCCAUUACGGCGGCGUUGCUCCGGCGAUUGCUCCGGCGACGGCAGAGCUCGAUAGCUCGCAGGCGUCGAACAUGACGAUCAUGGGCGCAUCAGCCGCGAUGGCGACGACUCCCACUCGUUGCGACGAAGCGCCCUCUGCGAGGCUGGCUUGUUUAGAGGCGCAGAAGGCGUGCAGCCCUGUCUGGAUCGACAACGCGCGCUCGAGAAUACGGCAAGCGGCUUUGGCGGUGCUGGAGACGCAACAACAGUCUCAGCACCUCGCCUCGAUCGUGAACGACCAUAUGCCCGCGUCAGCCAAACUACGCGACAGAAUCCGCAAGUGGAUCGGGAGGGGGUCUCCCGCGCCUCCCGGCGGGCCGUCGAGCAAAUCGGGGCCAAUCUCGAUGGACAAAGUCAAGGAAGUCGCGAAAGUCGUCAAGCUACUCGCGCAGAACAAGGAGUUCGUGCGACUGUUUUGGAAAGGAGACGUCGCGGAUUUGCUGCUGCGCGCGCUGCGGCGGUCGAACGAGGUGACGCUGCUGGCGCCGUCGCCCGACGCGACGAAGGCGGAGCUGCCGGACGACUCGCCAUUGGUGAAGAGCAAGAAGAGCAUGCGCCGCCUCCUGCGCUACUGCCUCGUGCUGGGCCGCCUCGUCACCUACACCAACCUCGUUGAAGAUCCCGCGGGGACCAAGUAUCCGACAAUGUACGGGCAGCCCCAGGUCAAAUCAGCGGAAAGCUCUUUUUUUACGGUGUAUUUCCAAACGCCCUCGGGAAAAGAGAACAGCACGCUAGUAGCCCCCAACCUACGAUCCGUCCGAUGGCUCGCCGCCGGCGGAAACGGGCAGUGCGGGCGCGGCGUCUACUCCCCCCGCUCCUCCUCCGCCCGCGUUCACGGGGAUGACGCCCCGCACACCAUGAGAAGUGGUGAGACUUUUAGGGCGGCGAACUCAACCCGUUACUUUCAGAUCCCUAAUAUGCGCACAGACUUCAGAGCCUAA